CUAAAACUUUUAUUGUUCCUCACCUUGGUUGCGCCGAUGGUCAUUCUAUUGGUUUUCAUGUAAAACUGGGGCGAUGGUUCGGAAUUCGUUUCACCUACGCAUCCGGUGUGAGCUAGUCGAUCAUGAGCAAUUCGAUAGACGAUGAUCCAUCGGACCCUGUUUGCAACACCGACGAGAACACCCGAUCAGCAUCAUCAUUGGAUAAUACGCAUGAUGAGAGAACCCACGCGGAGCCCUCCGGGGUAACACGUAAAAGUACCACACGAGCAUCGGCUCUCGAGAACCUACAGUCCGCGCUUCCGCGAAAUGCAGUGGAUAUCUACGCCGAUGUGUUAAGACAACUUACCAAUGAUGACACGCCCGAUCUUGCGGAUCCCGACGCCGAGACAUAUAACUCUACGCAGAAUGGAGUCGUGGUUUGGAAUCCACAGGAGAAGGGGGUCUUAUAUCGCAUCUUGGACCGGAAGGGCAGGGAAGGAAUCCGCGAGGCUGCCCGCAGACUCGGCUCGAAGUCGGAAAUCGAGGUGCAGGAACAUCUCAGACUCUUACAGAACGGUCUGCAAAAGCGCCAUAUGAAGCAAUCGCAUAGCCGAACAAUCAUUUUGGCCGAUGUUCCCGCUGCCACCGAGAUCAGCAAUCAAUGUCACAGAACUCUGGAUCAUUAUGCCGAAUUACUGCGCUUGGAAGAGCAACAGGAUGGGGAUGUUGCCGGGAGGCUCCAGCAUCACGAUUUCUGGGUCGUCGAUCAUGAGAAAGCUCUGGAAUUGGAUCGUCGAGCCAGAACAGAAAAAGCCGACCGUCGAGCCAGAGCCGAAGACCCAGAUUAUCGAAUCGCGAAAGAUGAAAAUACCGCUAAUCAAAAGGCCGAGAAUACAAACGGUCGGGCAGCAGAAGAUCUAGGAACAGGGACUCUAGACGAGCAGCCCCAUUCUCCGGAUAAGGAUGUUCACCACCGAUCCAGUGUGCAUCUCACGGCUAGCUUGUUCAAAAUGGAGAACUGGGUUCAUCUCUCGGAGCGAUUUUUCAUGAACUCUGGGGGCACACGUUUGGAUGAUAACUGGCGUAGUUUGUCCUUCGCAGAUGAAACCCCGUCCCUGACGGCGGAUGUGUUCGCUGACUUCUAUGCAUUGGCUGUGAGUCUAACGCGCCGCUUGGUACAGUCGUCCCUCUUCUUUGCGGAUGCAAGGUUGCGAAAAUCGCAGGAUGACGGCCGGGAGAGGGCUCGCGAAGUUAGAACUCGCGAUAUCAGAACAGCAUUGGAUGUCUUGAACAUGAAGCGAGAUAGCUCUGAGUUUUGGGUUGGUCUUGCCCGGAGACUUUCCCUCGAUGUUGUGGAUAAUCGACACGUGAAGGACUGGAAGUCAAUACGGAUGGACUAUGACGAGGUAGAGAACAUUCUAUCUGGGAAGCUACCACUACCCUCCCAGUUGGACUCGAUCGCGAGGAGCAUCUCUAGGGGUGGAGAUGGGAACCAGGUGGUUGACGACCAGGAUUCGGACGCCGGUGACGAUAUCGAGCCCCCUCUCUAUGGGCAGCCAAUUCUACCAGAGUGCCUGGAGGAGAGUCCGGUUGACUCUGAGGACGAACAUGCUGAAUUUGUCGAUCGGGAAGCAAGCCGUGCUGAAGAGUCUAGCCUUUGGGAGCUAGUCGGUCGGCCGCCUCCGCCUACUCCAUUACAUGGUCAUGCCGGGACCGACGGGUCAAACGAGAGAGAUCCUCGACAGAUGAAGCCUGAACCUCGCAAAAGACCUAUUGGGGAGCGGAAAUCGAUGGAUGAUCUAUUCGAUUGGCGGGAUCGAUUACACUACCGGAGCGAGUGGGAGGAAUAUGGUCACGAUGCUUUUGACUUGCAGGACGAGAUUCUUGAAAACAGGAAUAAAAGACGAUGUCUCGAGCAAGGGUAUAUGCAACCUUUUUCUUCGGGUUCUGCUGGGGUUGACGCAGGUCGAGUCAACACUGUUGCUCAGCAUGAUAUCUCCCCUCCAGGCUCGAGUCCUGGAAGAGUUCGCGAUGCUGACUUUGCUGGUAUGGCUUUGGAUGAGCUAUUGCACGAGAAGUGAGGCGGGGGGGUUCGACUUGGCUUCUAAUAUGUAGCGUGUUUUGGAUGGGUGAUUUUUGUGUACAUUAUACCAUUUUGCGAUACCCAGCACGGAAUAUAUUUUCAGAUUCCCAAGCACUAGUACCACGAAUACAAUGCU